UAUUUCUAUGCAUUUGGCAUUGUUCCAAUGAGCUUGGUGGACCCUGUGGAGCUGGUGAAACAGCCACAGGACAUCACCAAAAAUCUGUACCGAAAAUCGCGGAAGGAGGCUCAGAAGACCAAAGCACCCCUGUGUGCAGAGGUGGGGUGGCCAGGGAGCAUGGAGGAGAGUGUGAGGAGAUGUGUUUUGGAUACCGUCAGGCCUGUGGAUGAAGAACUGGUAGAGCAGCAGUCCAGGCACUGGGGGACCUCCCCCCCCACUUGCCUCACACUCUUCCUCUGCACAGACAACCUCUGGAGCGACCAGAGCCUGGAGACAGACCCCGACCUCCCCCCAGGCUGGAGGAAAAUCCGUGACUCUCUGGGCACCUACUAUUGGCAUGUGCCAACCGGCACGACGCAGUGGCAGCACCCUGCACACACCACCGGCCCAGGAGGGCGCCCGGAGGCUGAUGGAGAGGAGACACUCCAGGGAAUGGACUGCCAGGCCCUCACAGCAAAGCACUCGGCAAAGGACAGGCCCAUUCCCAGCCCCAUGGCUUCGCUGUCCCGGAGGACUUCACUGCCCUGGCACGGAGAUGACUUCCAGCACAGCGCAGAGCCCGGCUCCAAGUGCUUUGCUGUGCGCUCGCUGGGCUGGGUGGAGAUCCCUGAGGAGGACCUGGCACCUGGCAAGAGCAGCAUCGCCGUCAACAACUGCAUCCAGCAGCUCUCCAACAGCAAGGGCCAGGGCUCUGCGGAGAACAGGGGCGAGGGCCAGGACCUGGUGAUGAUCCUGAAGAAGGACACCAUGAGCCUGGUGGACCCCCUUGACCGCAGCCUCAUCCACUGCCAGCCCAUCCUCAACAUCCGCGUCUGGGGCGUUGGCUGCAACAACGGCAGGGACAGAGACUUCGCCUUCGUGGCCAGUGACAAGGACACCUGCGUCCUCAAGUGUCACGUCUUCCACUGCAACGUGCCUGCCAAGGGCAUCGCCAAGGCCCUGCACGAGAUGUGCUCCAAGAUCGUGGCUGAGCGAGCUGCAGCGAGCAGUGGGCUGCCACGCGCCGCCACGCUGGAGCCCGUCUCCACCGAGGACCUGCCACUGCAAGUGGAUAUUCUGGAAGCGGUGAGGCAGUCGAUGCAGACCUACGAGGCGUUGUACAUUGGCAGCCUGCCUGUGCCCAGGGCCAUGGGGAUGGAUGUGCUGAACGAGGCCAUCGAGAAGCUGACAAGGGGCCCCGGGCGGGAGCGGUGGACGCCCUCCCUCAUCCGCGUAUCCGACACGGCCAUGAGGGUGCACCCCGUGCAGGUGGGGAGGGGGACGGGGGGCUCCGGCCGAAGCGGGCACCCUGCUGGGCCCACAGGGUCCCCGCAGGAGGACGAGGAGGCGGCACACAUCUGGGAGUGCCAGGUGCGGUACGUGACCUUCCUGGGGGUGGGCCGGGACGCCCACACCUUCGCACUCAUCGUGGACACGGGGCGACGCUUCCAGUGCGCGGCCUUCUGGUGUGAGCCCAACGCCGGCACCAUCUCGGAGGCGGUGCAGGCAGCCUGCAUGAAACAAGUGUGCGACGACAUUGGGCGGCGGCUGACAGUGCUGGGGGAUGCGUGGGCUCAGGGGAAGCUGUCAGCCCCAGUGAGGAAGAGGAUGAGCCUCCUGGUGCAAGAGCUCCAGCAGCAGCGCUGGGAUGCGGCUGACGAGAUCCACCGCUCGCUCAUGGUGGACCACGUGAACGAGGUGAGCCAGUGGCUGGUGGGCGUCAAGCGCCUGAUCGCCGAGACAAGGAGCCUGCCUGCUGCGGAGCCGGCUGUGGUGACAGAUGGCAGCGCCCAGGCCGGGCCUGGCCCGGAGGAUCCCUGAUGCCAGGGACGUGGUUGCGGACUGUGAGCAGGGCAGCCCAUGUCCAGGGCCACCGGCAGGAGAAGGGCCCCCGCUGCCCGAGGGGGUCUGGGCACCUCCUCUGCCUCCCAAUCCUCACCCAGGAAAAGGGGAUUUUAAUCAUUGUGACAUUUUAGCGGCGAUUCACUACAUGACGUUUAAUAAACAGCACUAACC